CGCGCGCUGCUCAACACUGUAACAAAAAGAAAGGAAAGGAAAGGAAAAGAAAAGGAAGCUCAUUUUCGGGCAGCAACGGGCAACUCGUCAAACCUAUUUCCGGUUUGCACAUUGUGCAGGAAUUUUUUGCUCUGAAGCGCUAGACAAAAAGCUAAGAAAAUCUUGUAAUUGAAAUAUUUAAGUGCUUUUCAGUCGAAACAAAAGGAAAACAAGAGUCUGCGCUGGAGUCUUGGUAUCAGCUAAACGAGAUGAAUUGCAAUCAAUUCUGCACAUUGGAGCAGCUGCGAGCCUGGGUCGAGUGCAGUCCACUGGCACACAAAUGCCUGAUUAUCUACAUGACCAACGAUCUGGACCAGAUUAUCAAUGGCUUUGAGUCGGUGCGCAAAACUGCGCGCAAUUGGGACGAGGAGAUGCAGCGCCCUCUGUUGGUCGCCGUUUGCAUGCUGUUCCUCAUACACGGGCCAGUCGAGCCGCAAAAGAAUAUGCGCAGCUUGAUCUUUCGUGUGCUGGGCCUGAUGGACACCAAGGAUCCAAUGAGCGUGCAUGGCCAUGUGGAGUAUUUGCUAGAUGAGCUGCAUAAGGUGGGCGCCGAUAUGGAGACGAACCAGCUCUACCUGGCACUGGGCUUGGUGCGGGCCAACGUACGUGGCUUGCCGCUGGGCGUCUGUCUGCUCUGGUCGGUGAUUGGACAGAUCUUGAGCUUGGAUAUAACAAUGCAUCGCUAUCGCGAGUUCAAGGAGCUGGCCCAGACGCUGGGGCCGGUGGCGCGCUUUAGCCUCAGCGAAAUGGAUGCCAACCAGCUGAGUGAGCUGAAUCUGCUAUUGGAGACUGUCAAUCGCGUCUUGGAGCUGGUGAUGCUCACCAAUAACGAGGAGCUCAAGCAGGCCGGCUAUCCGGAUCACUUCUUCCAGAUGCGACGCAUCGAUGUGGAGUCCAUGCUCAACUGGGCAACGACCAUACUCUAUCAGAUUCAUAUCAAUGGCCGUUGGUUUGCACAGGUUGGCGCUCAGGUUACCACCAUGGUGAGCAUUUUGAAUCGCAUUAAGGUCGAAAUACCGGAGCUGAUCGAAGUGGUUGAGCAGCCCAAGAUCUUGCAGGUGACCGUCGACACCUACUCGGACCUGGAAGACUAGCGUACACCCUAUCCGAGCGCGCGUCAACUAGCAACUGGCAGUAUUAUUUAUACAUAUAUUUAUUGGUAAUUUU